UUGAUUUAUUUGGCUUUUUCCAAAUCGCCCACCUCGAGGUCCCCCUUGUGGCCGAACCCUUCCGCGCACAUUACAUAGCUGUGUUAUGAGACGGUUCCCUAUCCAGUCCAGUUUCGAACCGGGAGUCAAGUGCAUCUCUCCAAGCAAGCAGCACUCUGCGAGCAGCGCCAUGGCAGACUCGCUCGGACGGCUGUGCUACGUCUCCGCCAAGACGUCGCCGCAAAGACUCAGGGAGCGCGGCAAGUGGGCCAGCAAGCGAGAGUUCAUCCUGUCAGUGGCCGGUGCAAUUAUUGGACUUGGCAAUGUUUGGAGGUUUCCAUAUUUAUGCUACAAAAACGGCGGUGGAGCAUUCUUCAUUCCUUACGUCCUGUUCCUCGGGACCUGUGGGAUCCCCCUAUUUGUUCUGGAGACAGCUUUGGGCCAGUACACCAGUCAAGGGGGGAUCAUGUGCUGGAGGAAGAUCUGCCCCUUGUUUGAAGGGAUCGGCUACGCCAGCCAGCUCAUCCUUUUCUACGGAUGCAUCAGCUACAUGGUCAUUUUAGCCUGGGCGUUUCUCUACUUGUUCUCGUCUUUCUCCAGAGAGAUGCCGUGGGCAACGUGUAAUAACACCUGGAACACAGACUCUUGCGUGGUAUUGAGCAACUACAGUGCCAAUUGGACUUCCCACGUGAACAUGUCGUCGUCUGUUGUCGAGUUUUGGCGACGACGCGUGCUAAACAUAUCGCCUGGCAUUGAGGUCUUGGGAAACAUCCAAUGGGAGCUUUCUUUAUGCCUUCUCCUCGCAUGGGUCAUCUGCUACUUUUGCGUCUGGAAGGGUGUGCGAUCGACGGGGAAGGCGACCUACUUCACAGCGACCUUCCCCUUCAUCAUGUUAGUGGUGUUGUUUGUCAGAGGAAUGACCCUCCCCGGUGCCCUGCACGGCAUCAAGUACUACCUGUACCCCAAUCCCGCGCGGCUUGCCGACCCACAGGUGUGGAUGGAUGCUGGAACCCAAAUAUUCUACUCGUACGCCAUAUGCUUGGGAUGUCUGACAACGCUUGGGAGCUACAACAAGUACAACAACAAUUGCUACAGAGACUCCUUCUUUCUUUGCUUGCUGAACAGCGGGACCAGCUUCGUGAGUGGCUUUGCCAUUUUUUCAGUCCUGGGAUACAUGUCCGAAAAACAGGGUGUGGACAUAGCCGUGGUAGCUGAGUCAGGUCCAGGUCUGGUCUUCAUCGUGUACCCACAAGCAGUAAGCCUCAUGCCAUGGCCUCAAGUGUGGUCUGUGUGUUUCUUCACCAUGAUUAUCUUGUUGGGAAUCGACGGUCAGUUUGCGGGACUUGAAAGCAUCAUGACCUCUAUAACGGAUAUCUACCCUUCCCAGAUCCAAAAAGGAUACCGCAGAGAGCUGAUUUUAUUGGUAGUCUGUGUUUUUUGCAGUCUCUUUGGCCACUUUUUGGUGUCACAGGCUGGCUCAUACAUUUUGCAGAUUUUUGAUCACUAUGUCUGCAGUGGUCCCACUCUCCUUUUGAUGGCAGUCUUCCAGUCACUGGCUAUCGGUUGGAUUUAUGGGGCCGACCGCUUCAGCGACAACAUCGAGGAUAUGAUCGGAUAUAAACCCGUGUCGCUGCUCAAGUACUGCUGGCUUUACGUCACGCCCGUUAUAUGCAGCGGAACGCUCGUGUUCUUGUUGCUGAAAUACACACCGCUCAAGUUCAACAACACCUACGUGUACCCUUGGUGGGCCUACUGGAUCGGCUGGUUCCUGGCUUCGUCGUCGCUCUGCCUGAUUCCCGUCGGCAUGAUCUGCAAACUGGCCAAAGGGAAAGGGACUUUCUGGCAGCGCCUCAAGACGAGCACCCAGUGCGCAGACGACCUCCCGAUGAUGGCGAAAGAAAUGGCGACCCUCCGCAUUGCACUGCAUGUACACGAUGAUGGCAAAAACAGUAAUAUUCGAUCAAAUAGCAUUCGUUGAAUGCCAUUCUCAUGACAUAUAUACUG